AUGGAUCAGGAUUACGGCGGCCAUCCACAGCAGAAAUAUCGUUAUCGACCACGCAUGCCGCUUGCGUCACGCAUCAGGUCUUUUGCAACGGCUUUGAAACCAGAAAAGACAACACUUCCACGGCUUGGACAGUAUUCAAAGGCUUUCUUCCUGGACCACUGGCUCGAUGUUGUUUGUGUCCUUACCAUCGCGGGCAUUACGGGUGCGAUUUGGAUCAUUCCUACCCGUCCGCCUCAUCUAUUUCCACUCCUUACCCCUGACGGUGCCACUUAUAAUCCCUUGAUCGGCUAUCCGUAUGUGUCGCCUAUAUUCUCCUCACUUCUCACAGGUCUUCUCUGCGGCCUCAUGCCUCUUGCAGUGAUUUUGCUCUCUCAAAUCUUCGUCCGGUCCUUCGCAGACUUCUCCUCUGCUACUCUGGGCCUCCUAUAUUCACUGGUGACGGGGACAUGUUUCCAAGUCAUUCUGAAGAAAUUCAUUGGGGGACUUCGACCACAUUUCCUAAGUGUCUGCGUUCCGGUAGUGCCAGACAGGCUGAUCGGAUCUGGAUACAACAGGAUGAUGUACCGUGCAGGAGAUGUCUGCACAGGCAACCCCAAAGACAUUGACAACGCGCUACAGUCAUUUCCGUCAGGACACAGUGAAAUUGCGUUUGCAGGGAUGGGGUAUCUCUCGAUCUAUCUUUUCGCCCAUCUUCACAUCGGCGACGCCUCUAGACCUGAAAAAAGGGGGUUCUGGCGCAUGAUUUUGGUGCUCAUGCCUAUCCUGUUUGCGACUUACAUCUCGAGCACGCUCGUCUUGGGACACCACCACUUUGCGCACGAUUGCUUGUUCGGUGCGGCGAUUGGCUGUCUGACCGCGGUAUUGGGGUACAGGAUUGCCUUUAGAGGGUUGUUCGAUGCGAGGAUGAAUUGGAGACCCAGGGUGGGGAGAAGAUUGAGGAGGGUAGUGGACGCGGAGUCAGAGAAGGGAAACCAUGUGGGAUCGGAGAGGGAGUCUUGGACUGAUGGCACAGCGGUCGACGUCGAAUCGAGGAGGUCGACUCGUCGUGGGCGAGGCACGCGAGGCGAGAGCCAGACAGGGAAUGAGCCAGAGAUGGAUCCUCGCAAUUGA